CUCCCUCCUUCUGGUCGCUGUAGUUCAGCGUCUUUCAUCUCCUCCUUGACCGUAUUUUUGUGUCUGUGUGUGUGUGAACAGCCGACGUUACCGCACGCGAACAUUCAAGCAAAAUGCCUACGAAUCCGGACUGGGUCAAGAAGUUGAAGCCCGCUGCGCCCCAAGGGACAGAUAUCCUGUCGGGGGAGCGGGCCAAGAGCAAUGUGAACGUAGACCAGCUGGCCGACUUUCUCUUCACGCAAAAGACGCUCCAGCAGAGGGAGGAACUCGUCAAGAUCCUCUCGGCUGAGCAGGUCUUUGACAAAUCCAAGAAUUACUUCCAGGGCCGCGAGGAUAGGAUACUGGGCUCCCUGGCCAGGGGAAAGCGUCUCCAGCAGCUCACGGAGAAGAACAACUGGCCCACCGAGAAGUUCGAGCAUGCUCUCCAGCUCAUCAGCGAGGCGUCGCCACUGGCCAUGCAUUACAAGAUGUUCAUGCCCACAAUCAGAGAGCAAGGCACGCCCGAGCAGCACAAGCUCUUCCUGGAGAAGGCACAGAAGUUCGAGAUCAUCGGGUGCUAUGCCCAGACGGAGCUGGGCCACGGCUCCAACGUACGGGGUCUCGAGACCACCGCAACCUGGAACCCUGAAGACAAGACCUUCACGAUACACUCGCCAGCACUCACAGCCUCCAAAUGGUGGAUCGGAACCCUCGGCAAGGUCGCCAACCAUGCGGUCGUGAUGGCCCAGCUGGUCAUCAAGGGCAAGGUUCUGGGCCCCCACCCCUUUAUCGUCCCCAUCCGAGAUUCCAAGACACAUGAGCCUCUCCCAGAUGUCCACAUUGGAGACAUCGGUCCAAAAUUUGGCUUCAACACAAUGGACAACGGGUUCCUGUUGCUGAACAACGUCAAGGUCCCUCAUGUCAACAUGCUUGCGCGAUUCUCUCGUGUUGAUCCCAACACAAGCCAAUACAUCAAACCACCCACACCGGCCCUCGUGUACGGCACCCUGACUUAUGUGCGAAGCACAAUCGUGCUGGAGUCUGGUAGUGUACUUGCCCGUGGUGUGACGAUCGCAACCCGGUAUUGUGCUGUUCGCCGCCAAUUUCAAGAUCUCGACGCCAAGGGCAAGGUUGGCGAGAACCAGGUUCUGAACUACUCCAUGGUGCAGUACCGUCUUCUCCCUCUGCUGGCUGCUACGUUUGCCCUCCACUUCACGGGUCGGAACAUGAUCACCCUGUAUGAGGAGAACCAGAAGCGUCUGGCAGCGGGAGACGCACCAGGUGGGAGUGACUCUCAGCGCCGGCCAGGCCCUGAAGAGCUCAACGCCGGGGGUGAUCUCCUCGCCGACCUUCACAGCACCUCGUGUGCCCUGAAGUCAUACUCGUCGACUAUAGCGGCAGAGGGGUUGGAAGUCUGCCGUCGCGCGUGUGGUGGUCACGGAUACUCGUCCUUCUCAGGCAUCGGGUCGUAUUAUGCCGACUAUCUGCCCACCGUCACCUGGGAAGGCGACAACUUCAUGCUGAGCCAACAGGUGGCGCGGUAUCUGCUCAAAUCUGCUCGUGCCGUCCUAACUGGCAAGGCUUCCGACAACGACACCACUCGCUUCCUCAAGAACUUCCUCAAGAGGCAGGAUGUCGGUGCUGCGUUCGAUGUGCUCGGUUCGGACACUGAGCUGGUCGAUGCCUUUGCAUGGCGUGUGGCCUACCUGACCUUCGAUGCUCUGAAGAAGCGCGACGAGGAGAAGCAGCCGUGGAACAGCCUGCUCGUGGACUUUUACCGCCUCAGCACGGCACACGCGCAGUACAUGGUCGUCAAGUCGUUCAGGGAUGCACUCAGCAUCGAUUCGACCACAAAGGCAGGCUUGGACCAGGAGACGCUGGCCGUAAUGCACCUGCUGUACAAGUUGUUCGCCCUGUACACCCUCGAGAAGGAGUCGACCGAGUUCUUCAGCAGUGCGGCGACGACCGUCAAGCAGAUCGCCCUGGCCAGGAAGCAGGUGAUGAAGCUGCUCGAGGAGGUGCGGCCCCAUGCCGUGCGGCUGGUGGAUGCGUGGAAGUUCCCCGACUGGCAGCUGGAUUCGAGCCUGGGCCGGUAUGAUGGCAAGGUAUAUGAGGAUAUGUUUUAUCGGGCAAGCGAGCUGAACCCUCUCAAUGAGGUCGUGUUCGAUUCCAACCCCAAUAGCCCUCAUCUGUUGAAGAAGGACAACAGGACGAAGAGCAAGCUGUGAGGAAAGGGGUGAAAAACCAAAGUGGUGUUGUGCUUCCUUUUUGUCUUCAUUUUCCCUUUUCUCAAGAAUAUACUUAGAGUAUAGAAGGCUGGGAGGAUGUUAGACUGUACAGUAUCAUGCUUUAAGAGUGCUCUCAUUUUGUUUCGACCUUGCCUUGCAUACUAGAAACUUCUCAUCAGAUGAAUAAAAGCGACAUUGAAC